AUGACCAUAGAGGAUGUAAAAAGGCUGAAGCCGUACUGGAAUGUGCAAAUAGCUAAUUUUAAGGAAAGCCCGAACGAACCCGUUUUCACCUUAUUGCAAAUGGCAAUCCUUCUGAACAAGAAGACCAUCGUUGGGUACUUGCUGGCUAGGCGCGGGGUGGAUAUUAAUGCACUCAGUAGGAACAACCAGACCGCGCUGAUGAUUGCUUGCGAGAAGAAGGUGCCACUGGACUGGAUUGAGGCGAUAUUAAAAAAGGGCGGAGAUCUGGGAAUAAAUAUAAAAGACGAUUUUGACGAAACCGCCCUGGACAAAUGUGGCUACAACUCGAAAGGUGCCCAAAAAAUUAGGGAGCCAAUUGCAACACUUUCUAUACAUAUACCCCCACCUCUUUAUGCCCUAUCAAUUGCUUCUGAAGUAUGGAGCCAUCGAAAAUGUAAACCAAUUAAGAGAAACACAUGA